AUGAAUGCUUUCUUUUCUUUGUUUUGUCUCUACUAUAUUCUACUCUUGUCUAUUCUACUACUUGUUGUUGUUAUUUAUCUAUCAAGUCAUAUCAACGAAAUUUCGUUGUUAAAUCAAAUAGAUAUUUUCUCUCAUAAAUCUCAUCUGACGAUUUUCUCACAUUCAUUUAUGUCCUCUCUUGUUUGUUCUCAUCCCAUAAACCUUCAUUUCAUGUCUAAUAUGAUUCGAUGUAUAGCCUACCAAGAUAGAUUCCUCACGACGAAUGUUGUAAUUGUGUUAGCUCGUAACAUUAGUUUUGGACCAUUCAUAUACACUAAUAGUGCAGCCAACAAAAUGUUUCAAAACACUAUAAGAUCAUUCUCCUUACAUUUGCAAAGAUCAGCACAACAUUUAAUCUAUUUACACCAAACAAAACAAUUCAUGAUCUCCUCUCACUCUCCCCAUAAUCAACAACACUUGCAUCAACUAGAAAUUUCAAGGACAACACUUUGUGCAAUGGUAACUGGCGUAUAUUUUUAA